GUUUUCUGUUGGCAAGAAGUGAUUAAGAAACUUUGUUUUUCUCUUACCAAAGCUCUGAGGUCAAAUGAAUCCAGAAAUAUCGUCAUACUAAGAGGUCAGAAAUGGAAGGAAUCUGCAAUAUCCUGUAGCCAGUCAGAAGAGGCAGAAGUGGAUGUGAGAGAAAGAGAGACACAGAGAGACAGAGAGCCAAAGAGGGCAAGAGACUUGACUUUAAGAGACUCCUGUACUGACAACUCCAUGCAGUUCGGAACCAGAACGACUACAGCUGAACCAGGGUUCAUGGGGACAUGGCAAAACGCUGAUACUAACCUCUUAUUCAGAAUGUCCCAACAGGCCAUCCGUUGCACACUGGUAAACUGCACGUGUGAAUGUUUUCAGCCGGGGAAGAUUAACCUGAGGACUUGCGAUCAGUGUAAACAUGGCUGGGUGGCACAUGCCUUGGAUAAGCUCAGCACGCAGCACCUGUACCACCCCACCCAGGUGGAGAUCGUGCAGUCCAACGUGGUGUUCGACAUCAGCAGCCUGAUGCUCUACGGGACACAGGCGGUACCCGUGCGGCUAAAGAUCCUGCUGGACCGUCUCUUCAGUGUCCUGAAGCAGGAGGAGGUGCUGCACAUACUGCACGGCCUGGGCUGGACGCUGCGGGACUACGUCCGGGGGUACAUCCUUCAGGAUGCUGCCGGCAAGGUACUGGACCGCUGGGCCAUCAUGUCUCGAGAAGAGGAAAUCAUCACCCUUCAGCAGUUUCUGCGGUUCGGAGAAACCAAGUCCAUUGUGGAGCUGAUGGCAAUUCAGGAGAAAGAAGGGCAGGCCGUAGCUGUACCAUCUUCAAAGACAGACUCAGACAUAAGGACUUUCAUUGAGAGCAAUAAUCGCACCCGGAGUCCCAGCCUUCUUGCUCACCUAGAGAACAGCAACCCUUCCAGCAUUCAUCACUUUGAAAACAUCCCCAACAGCCUCGCAUUUCUGCUUCCAUUCCAGUACAUAAAUCCAGUCUCGGCCCCACUGCUAGGAUUGCCUCCAAACGGGUUACUGUUAGAGCAACCCGGACUAAGGCUGCGGGAACCAAGCCUUUCAACUCAGAAUGAAUACAACGAGAGCAGUGAAUCUGAAGUAUCUCCCACACCUUAUAAGAAUGACCAGACACCCAAUAGAAAUGCCCUGACCAGCAUUACUAACGUGGAGCCCAAAACCGAGCCAGCCUGCGUAUCUCCCAUUCAGAAUUCUGCCCCAGUCAGUGAUCUGACCAAGACUGAACACCCAAAAAGCUCCUUCCGGAUUCACCGGAUGAGAAGGAUGGGUUCAGCCUCUAGGAAAGGAAGAGUGUUUUGUAAUGCAUGUGGGAAGACAUUCUAUGACAAAGGUACUCUCAAAAUUCAUUAUAAUGCUGUUCACCUGAAGAUCAAACACCGAUGCACCAUUGAAGGUUGCAACAUGGUCUUCAGCUCCCUCCGAAGCCGGAAUCGCCACAGCGCAAACCCUAAUCCUCGCCUCCACAUGCCCAUGCUACGAAAUAACCGAGACAAAGAUUUAAUUCGGGCCACAUCAGGAGCUGCCACCCCCGUCAUAGCAAGUACAAAAUCAAAUCUCACACUCACAAGCCCCGGCCGGCCCCCAAUGGGUUUUACCACUCCCCCACUAGACCCCGUCUUACAGAAUCCUCUGCCUAGCCAGCUGGUGUUUUCUGGGCUAAAGACUGUACAGCCAGUUCCUCCAUUUUAUAGAAGUUUACUCACUCCGGGGGACAUGGUGAGUCCUCCAACCUCCCUCCCGACUAGUCCCAUCAUUCCAGCCACUGGUACCAUAGAGCAGCACCCCCCACCACCCUCUGAGCCCACAGCACCAGUAGUGAUGAUGGCCACUCACGAGCCCAGUGCCGACCUGGCACCCAAGAAGAAGCCCAGGAAGUCCAGCAUGCCUGUGAAGAUUGAGAAGGAGAUCAUUGAUACCGCUGAUGAGUUUGAUGAUGAAGAUGAUGAUCCCAACGAUGGUGGAGCUGUGGUCAACGACGUGAGCCAUGACAAUCAUUGCCACUCCCAAGAGGAGAUGAGUCCAGGCAUGUCUGUGAAGGACUUUUCUAAACAUAGCAGGACCCGGUGCAUUUCAAGGACCGAAAUAAGAAGGGCUGACAGCAUGACUUCCGAGGACCAAGAACCUGAGCGGGACUAUGAGAAUGAGUCUGAGUCUUCAGAGCCCAAACUAGGCGAGGAGUCCAUGGAAGGGGAUGAGCACAUUCACAGUGAAGUGAGCGAAAAAGUCCUGAUGAGCAGUGAGAGGCCUGAUGAGAACCACAGUGAGCCCUCUCACCAGGAUGUCAUCAAGGUGAAGGAAGAAUUCACAGAUCCCACUUACGACAUGUUUUACAUGAGCCAGUAUGGACUGUACAACGGUGGGGGAGCCAGCAUGGCAGCCCUGCAUGAAAGUUUUACAUCGUCUCUGAAUUAUGGCAGCCCUCAGAAGUUCUCCCCAGAAGGGGACCUGUGUUCUAGCCCAGACCCCAAAAUCUGUUACGUGUGCAAGAAGAGUUUCAAAAGCUCCUACAGUGUGAAGCUUCACUACAGGAAUGUUCACUUAAAAGAGAUGCAUGUGUGCACGGUGGCUGGCUGCAAUGCUGCCUUCCCCUCUCGCCGAAGCAGAGACAGAAACAGAAAUUUACGGAUGGAAAGAACCAUAGGUCCAGGACAUCGAGACAGCCUGCAUCUCCGUAGACACAGCGCCAACAUAAACCUGCAUCGCAAACUGUUGACCAAAGAACUCGAUGACAUGGGCCUGGACUCAGCGCAGCCCUCCCUUAGCAAGGACCUCCGGGAUGAAUUUCUGAUGAAGAUCUAUGGUGCCCAGCACCCUUUGGGGCUCGAUGUCAGGGAAGACGCCUCCUCUCCCGCAGGGACUGAAGACUCCCACCUGAAUGGGUACGGGAGAGGCAUGGCAGAGGACUACAUGGUCCUUGACCUGAGCACCACCUCCAGCCUGCAGUCCAGCAGCAGCAUCCAUUCCUCCCGAGAAUCCGACGCGGGCAGCGAUGAGGGGAUUCUUCUCGACGACAUCGACGGGGCGAGUGACAGUGGGGAGUCUGCACACAAGGCUGAGGUCCCUGCCCUCCCCGGCAGUUUAGGGGCCGAAGUUUCAGGAUCUCUGAUGUUCAACAGCUUGUCCGGGAGCAAUGGUGGGAUCAUGUGCAACAUUUGCCACAAAAUGUACAGCAACAAGGGGACUUUGAGAGUGCACUACAAAACUGUGCAUUUGCGAGAAAUGCACAAGUGCAAAGUCCCCGGUUGCAAUAUGAUGUUUUCCUCUGUGCGAAGCCGAAACCGGCACAGUCAGAACCCUAAUCUCCACAAAAACAUUCCCUUCACUUCAGUAGAUUAGGCUCAGAAUGGACACUACAGAUGCCAGCUCUCACCAGAUGGCCUACAUAUUUGAACUGCCAUAGUCAGUGUGUGCUUGUGUACUUGGGUGUGUGUGUAUGUGUGCGUGUGUGCGUGUGUGUGUGUACACAUGUACGCCUCUGUGUCUACAUACACACACACGCAUCUUUUCUUUAGAUAUAAAAAGAUGAACACUAGGUGCUUUUGAAAUUGUUUUCUUUUUCCUUUAUAAUUUUGGGAAAGGGGUGGGAACUUUAAUUUGGGAGUGAAAACAGAGUACCCUUAAAACACACAUACACACACACACACAAAGUGUGCAACUAGCCCAAAUUCUGAAAGAAUAAGAAUUCUCGGUCCUCUCCAGAGGGACAGUUUGUUAUACCCAUGACUGUUGCCUGCAAAGAAAUAAAUAAAAGGGGAAAAAAAAGAAAAAAGAAACAAAAAAGGAACUUCUUACAGUUGUCUUUUGUGAACUUUAAGGUUUUGAGAGAAUCUUCAAUUAAAGCAUGGCAGAUUCACCUGUAAAUAUUUAGCCUUGAGAGGCCAAUGAUGUAAAGCAAUUGUAUUGAUGGUUGUUUAACUCUUUUGUUUAAUUUUUACAGUUACAUCCAGCUGUUAGAUAUGCAGGAGAAAAAUAGUUUGCUGGCUAGCUCUAUUCAUUUAUGUUAGCAUUAAUGCACAUUUUUUUUUUUUAAAGAAAAACCAUGGUCUUGUUUUUACUACCUGCUAGAUAUAGUGAUAAAGAGGUGCUGGCAUGCUUUACAGCACAGAUCUGAUUUUUUAAAAUGUCCUGUACUAGUACAUAAAUCCAGUCAUGCACUUUUUUUCAUACACUACAAGGGGAUGUGUAAUAUCCAUGCUUCUUUUUUUAUCCUUAAACUAUUGCCAUACUUCAAGUAAGUGUCUUUUUAAAAAAAUUCACUUGUAUAAAAAUGGUCUGGUCAGUAUAGGGCACAAAUGCCAAACAAAAGUAUUAGUGUUAACACAAAACUGCCAACUUUGCACAAGUUUCCAGAAAAGAAAAUACAAUUAGUCACUCAACAUAACCACAGGCCAAUUUGUCGGCCACCAGAAAACCGCUUUAAAAAAAGAACACUUGGUGAUUCUUUCAAGUGCCGAAUGUUAUUAGAAUCAACAUUGCAUCCUUCUUGCUUAUAUGUUAAGUUACAUAAAAGGAAAACAAAAUUAUGUGGUGUGAAACAGCCAAGGCAUUUGCUCUUCAGAGGCAGGAUAAUAUUUCAGGAUACAAAAGCCCAAAUUACUCACUAUGGAACAAAGCUGAAAAUAGUAAAAGUGUUGAACACUCAUUUCCAAGGGCCUAACCCUUCUCCUUUAAAAAGAAAGAAGUAAGUCUGCACGGGGUUGGUCUGUUGUAUGGCUGUCUAAUUUUUUGCAAGUUAGGCAGUCGUCCUAUGAUUCAGGCCCGUUUGAUAGACAAAAUCAAAAGACAUUUCACAGCGGCAGUUACUCAGAAGCUUUGAAAACAUGUGCUGAACUUGAAUUGAGCAACACUCCUUUCUGAAAAGCCAGACGAAGGGGGGUUUAAAAUAGGAUCUCUCACUGUUGAGUGUUUUGUGUUUCCCCACAUGAUUUGUCAGAGAGAAAUGAAAGCAAGCCUGAAACCCAGCAAUUGAGAGUGAGAAAGAGGGGGAGACAAUUCUCCAAACCUUUUUUGUUUUGUUUUGUUUUGUUUCCGAUGUUUACACAUGUUGCCUGAGCUGGUUAACCACAUGGGCAGCCCUCAGCUACCACAACAUACUGACUAAAUGAUGAUAUUUACUCAAGUUCAGUCUGCAGCCAAAACCAUUAGGAUGUGCAUUGCAGACUGUGUUUUGUUGUCUUUUUUUUUUUUAAGUGGAGGGGGGAAAGACAGAUAAACAAGGAAUAUUUUGUCUAACAGUACACAAUAAUUUAAAGAGAAUGUAUUUCUUUUCUGCAUUUAAUGGCCUCAAACAUUUCUCUCAUCAGUCUCAAGGUUAGAAAUACCCCCUUUGUUUGAACUUUGCAUGUUGUUUCCAUUUUUCAUAUGUUUUGUAAUUAUUUUUUCUAUGUUCACAUCAGCAUUCACUUCCGUUAAAUUUGCCAAAGGAAACUGUUAAUAUGUUUCUGUUGUUGUUAUUAUUCCUGUAGGGUUUAUUGUACCUCACAGUAUUUAUUGUUUCCAAAAAUAAGCAUCAUUAGUUGAGGAUUCAGUAUUUUUAUUUGUAAAAAUUUCAGAAACAAUAGAUUCUUCAAGAUAAGAUAGACUUGUCUAGAAGCUUCAUCUUUUCAUCUCCUUCAGAGGAUACUAUGGGGUUCGUUUAAUUCGUUUGUUCUCCAGUGAGGAAAGACCAAAAGUAUUCGCAGUACAAAAGAAACCAUAUCAAACACUAUGUCUGUUAAAUGACAAAUGUUUACGGUAAAAAGCUGAGGAAUUAGUAAUAACCAUUUUUGUUUUCUUGUACCUUUGAAUUUCCCAAAGUCUUAAUUGCUUUAUUUUGGUGUUGUGUUAAAUUGAAUAGACAGAGAUGUUUUCCUUUGUUUUAUACCAUAGAAGACUAUGUACAGUAUGUUUGUGAAAAAUUGAACUAGAAUAAUGAAAGUUUGUUUGCAAACAUUUUCGUCCUCUUAGCAUUCUCUGUGUUGCGCUGUUGCCCCACUACCAAAUGAUUUGAGUCAAAAAAGGUGGAAAAAAUAUUUUUUAGUAUCCCAAGAAGAGAUUAGGGAGACACUAGCUUUUGGAUUGUGAUAGACCGAAUUACACCUAGUUUUAUGAAAAUUAACACAUUUUUAUUUCAGUGAUAUUUAAAAGUUAUACUCUUGGCUGAGCUAUUAGAACUCAUCUUGUACAGAAUCAAUGUUUAGUCUGUUUAAUUUAAUGUCAACUAAAAGGUCAAAUAGCCCUCGUGAGUGAAUUACAUAGCUGUCAGCAGGUCAUAUCAGCAAAUGAACUGGGCUUAGAACAAAUGUUUGUUGCUUGCCACAAACCGGGCUAAUGUGAAUAGCCAGUUAGAACAGCCCGGAAGUAAUGAGAUUCUCAAAGUAGAAUUCCCCUUGCUCUUGUGAAUGUGUUUGCCUGAGAUUUGUCAGAGAAACGGCCAUGAGUCCUGGACAACUGGCUCUUGUUUUUAAGUGUCUCCCCUAUUUGCUACUGCUUUUGUGCCUCAAGUGCCCAAAUGUUAUGGUGGCCUUCUAAAUGGGUGAAAAACACUUUCUAGUAUAAAGCCUACUUGCUUAAAAAGUGACCGGGGGAGUGGAUGGAAGCAAAGUGGCACCUGGACUUAACAUGUAACAUUAUGGAUUGCACAGGGCUUCCCGUCCCAGAGUGUUGCUUGUUUUUGGGUGUGUGCCUGAGCACAAUGUUUUGACUUAACUGUACAUCUAGUUAGGACAGUGAUCCCAAGGCUUACUUGCAAACGGGAAGGCAAAAGAGAUCAGCAUUUUAAUCACUGGGCCCUUCGUCUUUGUCCGUUUUCUACUCAUUUGUUUUUUCGUAGGAGUUUUCUAUGGUGAAACGGUUUCUCUCGAGCUGCAUCCAUUCUGUGCUGGCUGAAAAGGAAGGGCGAUGCAGAUUUUCCUGCAAACAGCUUUCCCCCAUUUGAUUGAUUUAACCACGGUUUUGUCACAGGUAGAAAAUGAGGCAGUAUUACUAAUGUGCAUGUUCACUAGCUGAUGUUGAAACUUACUGUUUUGAUCAUUUUAAACAAUGUUUUUGUACAUAUCAGAAAGGCUGAGUCUGCUUUAGGGAACGUCUGCACGCUGCGGAGGCGACGGCAAAGAGCAAGAGGAGGGGUAGAUGAUGCGUAAUUUGGUUUAAAAAUGGGAUUAAGAAGCUGGACCCUCUUUGUUCUGCUAUUAAUUGUAUGGAGAUAAGUCAGCGCAAUGUAAUGCUUCUCAGGAUCCUAGUCUAGCUGUCCAGUGCAGCCUGAGGCCUUUUAAAGGUUUGAAGGUGUGCUCGCUUCGGCAGCACAUAUACUAAAGGUUUGAAGGUAUUAAUGUUUUCUUUCUCAACGUGAAUAACAUCUUUUUUGAAAACGUGUUUAGCACAAUGGUGCCACUGUCCUUGUAGUGUGAUUUCUUUGGUCAUGAAUUUCCAGGCCCUUCUAGUAAGAGGAGAAAGACACUUCCCUGGUUAACAGCCCUGUUACUGUAUACAUUGCUCUUAAAACAAAAACAAACUAACAAAAAACCAACCAAACAAACAAAAACUUGGAAUAUACUAAGAAUAGGCUGUUAUUCCAGAGGCGUUCUCCCCAUUUUACUCAGGAGAAACCAAGCACUAGAUUCCCACCAAAUAAAGUGACCUUUUGGUCCCCUUCCUAGGUACACACCCCAGAUGUGUACCAAGCAAAUGAGAAUGGGGGCCAUUGGCAAUUAAAACAUAAAGAAGCCGGGAACUAGCUUGGGGUGGAAAUGCUGCUAACUGCUAACAGUUGACCUGAGCAGUCCUAACUUGUACUUGGUCUUUUAGCGUUAGAUUCGAUUGACUAACAGAGUAAAUAAAACUCAGCUGUAAUACGACACACCACAUCUGCUAUCAAAGAAACAAAACAACCAGAAGAAAUUUUCUUUUAUUCCCCGUACAUACUCCUUAACUUCUAAACAAUUACAAUAAAUUUUAUUCAUUAAAAACUCAGAAUAUUUAAGUAAGAGGAUCUCGCUUCUCCCUCCCAUGCUUUGUCUUUUAAUGGGUAUGGCCUAAGUGUGGUAAGGAGGGCGAUAAAAGGCAGGUGCCAAAAAGACUGGAAGGAAUGAGUUUUUCCAAAAGCAGAGUAAGGGGUACCAAGUAGAGGAUUGGUACCUGCCCUGGUUUGGGGUAGCGAGAAAGGAAAAUGGUGAAUGAACCCGAAGUGUUUGUGCAAAAAGAAGGUGUGGUACACUUGUGCCUAGCAGUGGUGAGAGCAUAUGAGGCACCGCCCCACAGAGCUCCCUAUGACCAGGUGCACCGCGGCACCCCAGUCUGAGUAACGGGACAGCAAAGACAGCUGCGUGGAAAUACCAGUUCCUUAUGGGUCAGAAUAGCCGACAAGGGCAACUGUGAGGGCGUUUUCUUUGCUUUCGGUUUUGUUUUGUGGGUGGGAAGUGAUGGUGGAGUCCCUAAGGGAAGCAAAGAGAUGUGGUGGGUCACCUAGGUUCUAGAAAAGGCUGGUGGUCAAACUGGGCUCUUAAAUGUAUUUUUUGCAUCAUGACUUUUGCAUGGCCCUAUAGCCAUGAUUGUAAUGCCACUUGGCUAAAGACUUCUUGUUCAAAAUGUGAGCUCAUUUACCUCCCUGUGAAGCAUAAAAGUAACUCUUCUGUUUUCAUGUUUUCCUGCAAAGCAAAAGCAUGUGGCAGUCUUCCUCGCGUUAGAAUUAAGAUCAUAUCUGAUGUGUCUCAGACUCAUUUCCCUGUUCCCUGUAGUUGGAGAGUUGCUCCCCAUAAAUGGUAACUUGGAAUUAGUAUUUAUAAAUCCAGCUGUAAAACCAGUGGGUAAAUUAGUCUACAGUCACUCCAGCCCAAACACCCACCCUUCCUUGUAUCCUUC